CAGCCUCCCCAUUUCUACGCGUGCGCCAACCACUCCAUUUCCGUGCGCACCUAUAUCCACUCAAAAUCAAGCUAAGCUCCUACGACUCGGCACCACCACCUUUCACCACCUACCACCUACCCACCUUGACUUUUUUCUGCUCUCGAUCCUCCCUUCAUAACCUCGUUGCGAGCCAUUCUUCCUCCUGCUCUUCGUCGCCACCCUGGUGGUGACGCUUCAACUUGUCGACCAUUCCAGCUCUGCGUGCCGAGGACGUGACCUCCCGCAACCUGACCGAGCCGGCACCGCAACGUCACGACCGUCACGAACCUUACGACCACCACAUCACCGCUGAACAGCAGCGUCAGCAGUACACCCUUCCUCGCACUCCCACCCCACACCUUCAAGAGCGAGACCCAAGAUCUACUCCGUCUUCUGGUCACAGAGGGCUUCGGCGCACCGCGAGGUUUGACGCCACCCCGAGCCCUAGGCCCGAACAACCGUCUCUACGCCAGAUCCACCUCGAGGCUGUGUCUGUGGGAAUCAGCCCUGUUGCUCUCGUCGCAACAGCCGGCAGUCCUCUCGCCGCCGUCUCCAAGGGCAAGGGCAAGGAACUCGAGCCCCCGGCGGAGCUUGCCGUGCCUUCUGCCCGGCCGCGCCAGCUGAGAAGGCAACUCUCGCAGGAUCUAAGCGACGAUCUCGACGCGGAGUCUACCGUCCCAACACAGUUCCCUCGCCACCGAUUCCCUCCGUAUCCUGCGCAGCAGGAGUCCACCGCACACCCAGCUGUCCGUAUCUCCAAGCACACUCAUAGCGCCAUCCUCUGGACGCUGGAGGAAGCCCUGCGACAGCCGAACCCCUUUACCCCGGACUUGGACGAGGAAAGCGCGUCCAUGGCAGAGCUUAUGCGGGGAGGCGGCGCCGGCGUUCCGCCCGUGUCCAAUGGCCAGCCUACUCAAUCAUCCCGCCCCAUCGCGGCGCCGCCUGCGCCCACAGGGUCGCCUGCCGGGAUCAGGGGACCGCGCAUGAUUAUGAGGGAUCGCAUGGAGCGCGAAGCUCGCCAGAGGGCGGAGAGGGAGCAGAUUGCGAAACUGGAGAUGGAGCAGCAGCGUGAGGAGAGAGAGCAGGAGCUUCAAAAAGAACGCGAGCGGGAGCGGGAGCGGGAGCGCAGGGCUGCCGCUCACUCCGCUGCUGGCGCUGCUGAUAUACCUACACAAACCCUGGACCCGGCCGUCCAGCGUCGACAACGACGAGCGGCCGAGGCGCAAGCCCAGGCCCAGGCCCAGGCGCAUCACGCGCAGGGGUCCUCGCUGCCGCCCCAGGCUCCACAGUCUAGGCCUCCGAGGACGGCACAAACUACAGGCCCAAGCUUCUCGGGUGCUCCCCCAACAGCUGGCAUGACCAGCGGGCCGCCUGGAGCUGAGGGAGUGCAGGGCGCCACGGCCGGAGAGUCUUCCUCGGGAGGCGCAGGACGACCAAGAAACUCAUUUCCCCACGCAUUUGAGCGCUGGGAGGCCUUGUCGGCGCACUGGGAGGGUCUCACAAGCUUCUGGAUCCGGCGACUGCAGCAACAUUCCGACGAAAUCGACCGUGAUCCGCUGUCCCAGCAGCUGUCACGGCAGGUGACGGACUUGUCGGCUGCGGGAGCCAACCUUUUCCACGCUGUCGUUGAGCUGCAGCGGCUGCGCGCCAGCUCGGAGCGCAAGUUCCAGCGCUGGUUCUUCGACACCCGAGCGGAACUGGAGCGAAACCAGGAGAUCAACGCGAUGCUGGCUGCACAGCUCGAGGAGGAGCGUAGAGGUCGCACUGAUGCUAUCCGCGAUGCUGUCGACCACGAGCGCGCCAACUCCAAGACGCAGCGACAACUGGCCGAGAUGCGCAAGGAGCUGCUCAUCUCCAAGGAAGAGGCUCGUCGGGCGUGGGAGGAGCUUGGCCGCCGUGAGGAGCUCGAGCGGGAGACAAUAAAUGCGCUCCAAGCCGGCCAGCCCGCGCACAUUGCCGGAAUGAACGUAGUUUCUAUGGUGCACGGGAUACCAUCCCGCCAUACGAGCACCCGCGACCAGCCCCAGCAGCAACAACCCGACUACACUGGCGCUGGCUACGGCGAGAGCCCCAGCAGACAAGCAUCUUCCGCUGGCGCUGUUCCGGCAACCAACGGCGGCGGUGAUUACUACCAGCGCCCCGCAGUGACAGUCCACGAGCAAUCGAGCUACGGCGGCGCAGGGUCAGAGGGCGGUUUCAGCGAAGAGGACUAUCUAGCACCUUUGUCGCACGCCGGCGGCGUCCCUCCGGCCACAACGGCAGCCUAUCCACCUCAGCAGCAGACUGCAAUGCAGCAACCCCAACAGCAGCAGCAGGCACAGCAGUGGGCUGAUACCCCUGCUGGCGCUCUGGAACAGCAGAACAUCCAGAGCCCGGAUCAGACCAACCAGAACUAUGCAGCGCCUGGAUGGGAGACGGUGCCUCGUCAUCGUCACCCGACUCGCCUCAGCGUCAUAGAAGAGGAUGAACGCAGCCGGACGUCGGCAAGUAUCAGUCAAGUGAGCCGGCCGUGACUCGCCUCGGGCUGAGACGGCACAAUGCAGCACACAUGGCUCCAUGCACCCUGGAUGCGCGUCUCGUGCUCAACCGGCAACGCAACCCUCGACUUAACAAACCGCUCAUGGCUCCUCAGUGGCGCGACUAGGUUCAGUCAUCUUCCUGCCGACUGUCGCCGACUGCCUUAGCCUUUCGGCUUCCAAAAGCCGCUCUAGCUGUCUCAUCCAUUUCGUUUCCUUCCAUCACAGCCACCCCAUGUCUAUAUGGCAUUUUAGCUAGCUAAUAUUUCUGACCCACCCCCACUCCCUAAUCCCUACGGACAAGAUCGGACAUAAUUACUCGGCGGUACACAUCCCUUGGUCCUGUCUGCCCUGGGGGAGAGGGAGGCCUGGUGUCUGUUUCCAUUCGCCCCUAGCUUGGCAGACCAAUCUCCUCGUCUUUCACUUCCUCGAUUUUCUUUUUCGACGUUGGCCUCCGAAGCUGAUGAGGCUUUGCUUCCAAGGAGCCGGAAGUUUCUUAAGCUGCAUACCUAGUAUUUUUCUUUCCCUCCACUGGCGUGGCGUUGAUGAUCGCGGGCAAAGAGGGGCAGUUGACUGGCAUCUAAUGACUUUCUCUCUCUUUUCCUUUUGACUUUUUCCAUGAUAAUUUUCUUUUGGUUUUUCAUGCUACUUGUUGAGAUUUGCACAAAUCCGUCUGUGUCAUUAUUUCGGUUGCUCUCCUCUUGUCCCUCGGCUUCUGCCGGUUCCUCUUCCUUUCUUGAUUUCCGCCUCAACCCUCUAUUCCAUAACUUCGUCGCCGGCGCAUGGCCGCGUUUUUGGGAUUUCUGGUUUAGGACGGGCAGCGGCAUGCGCUGCAUGGUUGGUGACAGGAUACACGGAGACAGCCGUUGUUUUAUUUUAUCCACGCUUAUUCUGGCAUUUGCCUUGCAAUGGGUUUCUCCCGGGCUCUUUUAAAUCACCCACCUGCAUAUCUCACGACACGAAUCGAAAUUGCCCCUCUGACCAUAAGUCUAGCAUAGUCUGGGAAUUGAGGGAAGAUUCGAACAUCCG